UCCUGCAGGAGGUGAAUCAGAACCAACACAUACUGGCUUACCUCUUCCUUCUGAUGCACGCAGCGCACCUUCUGUGACACCAGGUCAGGUGACCUUCCAAGAGGUGGCCGUGUCCUUCAGUGAGGAGGAGUGGGCCCUGCUGAAUCCGGACCAAAGGGCCUUGCAUCAGGAGGUCAUGGAGGAAAAUCUGGAGAUGGUGUCCUCUUUAACAACUCACAGAGAAGGGGAAUCAGCUCAAUACCGGGACUGUGGAGAGAAUCAGGAGCUGUGUAUCUCUCGUCACCAAGCAACGUCCACUAAGAGGAGGUCCUUCAAGUGCUUGGAGUGUGGAAAAUGUUUCCGUCACAAGCAAAGCAUGGCUUAUCAUCAAGCAACACACACUGGAGAUAAAAAGUUCAAAUGCAUGAAGUGUGGAAAGAGUUUCAUUCAGAAGAUAAAGCUCACCUAUCACCAAGCUACUCAUACUGGAGAGAAGCCAUUUAAAUGCUUGGACUGUGGAAAGCGUUUCACUCAGAAGACAAGCCUCACCUAUCAUCAAGCUUCUCAUACUGGGAAGAAGCCAUUUAAAUGCUUGGAAUGUGGAAACAGUUUCACUCUUAGGAGUAUCCUGACCCGUCAUCAAGCUAUCCAUACUGGGGAAAAGCCAUUGAAAUGCUUGGAGUGUGGAAAGAGUUUCACUCAUAAGAUAAGCCUCACCUGUCAUCAAGCUACUCAUACUUGGGAGAAUCAAUUUAAAUGCUUGGAGUCUAUUGAGAGUUUCACUCAGAAGAUACACCUGACUAAACAUCAAGAUAUUCAUACUGGGGAGAAGCCAUUUAAAUGUGUGGAGUGUGGGAAGAGUUUCACGCGAAAGAUAGGCCUCACCAAUCAUCAAGCUACUCAUACUGGGGAAAAGCCAUUUAAAUGCUUGGAGUGUGGGAAAAGUUUCAUUCGGAAGACAAGCCUUAGCUCUCAUCAAGCUACUCAUACUGGGAAGAAGCCAUUUAAAUGCUUGGAGUGUGGAAAGAGUUUCAUUCAGAAAACAAGUCUCGCCUAUCAUCAAGCUACCCAUAGUGGGGAAAAGCCAUUUAAAUGCUUGGAGUGUGGGAAGAGUUUCAUUCUGAAGACAAGCCUUAGCUCUCAUCAAGCUACUCAUACUGGAGAGAAGCCAUUUAAAUGUUUGGAGUGUGGGAAGAGUUUCACACGGAAGAUAGGUCUCACCAAUCAUCAAGCUACUCAUACUGGGGAACAGCCAUUUAAAUGCUUGGAGUGUGGAAAGGGCUUCAUUCAGAAAAGAUAUCUGACUUGCCAUCAAUCAGUUCAUACUGGGGAGAAGUCAUUUAAAUGCUUGGAUUGUGGGAAGGGCUUUGCUCGGAAGGCAGAACUCACACAACAUCAAGGAAUCCACACUGGGGGAAAACCCUUUAAAUGCUUGGAGUGUGAAAGCUCUUUUACAGAAAAAAGAUGCCUCAUUGCUCAUCAAGCAACACACUCUGGGGAGAAGCCAUUUAAAUGCUUGGAUUGUGGGAAGGGCUUCGCUCAGAAGGCAGAACUCACACAACAUCAAGGAAUCCACAUUGGGGGAAAACCCUUUCAGUGCUUGGAGUGUAGAAGAAGUUUCAAACUGAAGAGUAGCCUACGGCGUCAUCAAGUGAAACACAUGGGGGAGAGAACCCUUUAAAUUCCUGUAAUGUGGAAAGAGCUUAUACCAGUGGAGACACCUCCCUCCUUUUCCCUCAUCCAAACCAUGAGGAGACUGAACUUCUGCAAUAGAGAGGGAUGACUUUAAAAUAGUUUUUCUUUGUUGUUGUUUCUUCAUUCAUUGCAGUAAUUUUAAAAAUAUUUCUUUCUGAACAAA